AUGGCACACGAAUUAGAUCCCAGCUGGCUCUGGGGUUGGUUGUGGGAUUCUAUUUUCACCAUCGACGAGCCUUUCGACAACAAAUACUACAUAAUUGCAUUCGCCACCAUCUACGUUCUUUACAAGGCCCUCAAGGCGAUGGGUAACGUCCUUGUGCCCACCACAAUCCUUCUCGGCAACUGUCUUGUCAGCUUGGCCGUACUGAUCCUUUCCGUCCUCAAGUUAUUCAUUUUGGUUCUUAUUCCAAAGGUAUUUCGAUACGGAUUCGAAAGGCCCAUAGGACCAUUCUUUUCCACCAUGUGGAAUGUAUGGGAGUAUCUUGCGAUGCCAAGCAUCCUUACACACCUUGCCAUGAUCAGAUUCAGGGCUAGCCAAGCAAAAGAAAUGUUGAGGGUAUAUCUCAAUUCUACACGAGACGAGCUAUACGAGAUCACGGGCACUGAAUUUAAAUACCCUGACCUACCAGACGGAGACAUAACCGGCAUCCAGCCCAGCGAUACUGGUGCAGAACGGUGGAUGAGACAGCUGGUCGAGGAGGACAAUAUCAGGAGACAAGCUCAAGUCCUCGACGAGCAGAAUCGGAUUGCCGAAGCAGAAAAUCAGAGAAUGGGAAUCGAGAAGGGGAGGCAGAAGCUCGAGAAUGAGAGGACUGGCUUAGUCUGGGAGGGCCUUCAAUCAAGAGGGCCAGCAAACAGCCAACACAUCCGAGAAAUGGCUCGCCUGAGGCUGCUUGCUCCUCCCAGAUCUGGUGAGGCGACAUUAGCUGGAAGCUUUAGAGCCACUGACCCUGUAUCUCUGCCCCCUGUCCAUGAGCCCGCUCCGGUAACUUCAACUGUUCCGGUAACCUCAACUAUAUCGGGACCUUUAACCAUACUGGGACCUGUAACUAUACUUGGACCUGUCACUGUACUGGAAUCUUCAACUGCACCGGUAUCUCCAACUACACCGGUACCUUCUCCUGCACCGGCUCCCCCAGCCCCUCCUCCUCCACCAGCUCCGGCUCCUGCUGACACACGACCUAUUCCAAGAGGCCAAGACAUCAAAAAAGCCUGGGAAGAAGGAUGGUACAGCACCCUGGGACCGAGACGGACCGUAGUCAAGAAUGCGAGCACACAAACGGAGCCAACAGAUCUUGCUAGCCAUGACAUGAAGCACAAGCCCUUAGAGCUGGCACCCCAAACGUACGCCAGUCGGGGCGUACAGACUCACUUGGUAGACUCUCCUAUCCAGGAAGAGCCCGAGCCCCCAGUCGUUAUACCAGAGCUUCCAAUCCCAGAGCUGAGUUCAGAUCCAGCUUCGUCUGAGGACACGGACACACAGACGUCUCUCGAUAAGGGGAAGGCUCUCGAGGGACCCCAGCCAAGCAUCAACGCCAACUUGGUCACUAUUCAUGGCAGCAGAGCUGAGGACGAAGUGGUGGAGCCAGAAUACUUUGGUGUAUCCUCAUCUCUUCCCGCCACUAUCACACUUCCUGACUCCCCUGAGCCUACGACUAAUGCGGAACCCGAGCCCGCACAGACUCAUGCAACCGGCCUCGACCGUCCCAUCGAUAUCCACUCAUCUAUUCGAGGUUUCGUGAAGUCUACGAUACAUUCAAGACUGUCUGCUGCAGGGACUUCGAGGCGAAAUGAACCGGGGCCCAAGUCCUGUAUGGGCGGCACAAAGGCAAAGGAGUGUAAGAGCAUACAUCAGCAAUCACGAAGGGGUGUUCCUACUAGAGGUAUCACCCAGACUAAGGAUAAAAAGUAUGGAGACAAGAAGGAGAAAAUGUGCGAGAUGUUCGUGGGGCUGUUGGACCGACAGCCUACUAGUUCAUUCAAGUCUCUGGAGACUCAGCAAGCCAUUGAUACUACGACCACUUCCGCCAACUUCCCUAUUCACUCCACACCCAUCUCGAAUGACGACUCGAAACACGAUGCUCAAGGAAGCCCUGUCGUUAGACAUCCAAUUGCCCCUGAGCUUCCUUUGACAAAGACUACUGAGCCUGCUACCCCAGAGAGUACAUCUGUCUCUAAUCUUUUGACUAGCGACCCCGUAAGUAUAGCAUCAGGAGCCCAAGAUGGCCAAAGCGAAGUCUCUCUUCAGGCCUCCCCAGAGCCCUUUUCAAGCGUCGUAUCCGCCGAGAAUGAGCCUUCCACGGGAUACCAAUUUACUACUGUAUACCCAAGCACUGAGAGGAACCAACAGGCUUUGACUGAAGCUUUUAUUAAAGCUUGUGAAAAUGCCGAUACAAAGACACCACUGCUCAAAGUCAAUGAAGAUGGGACAACUUUGUCCCUGGCUUCGACUUCGCUCCUUUCAAACACGCUGAGCCACUCUAAAUCUGAAGGAACAACUAUAGGGCAGCGAUCCAGCUCUCCUGGCCCUGGCUCCAUUCCCAUGCUUCGGGGAAGCGAAGACAUAGAGACUUCGCUCGAUGAGAUAAUCGCAGCAUCUGCCCUGCAUGAAUACAACGAGUCUGACGAAGAUAUAUAUGAAGAUAGCCUCGAUGGCUAUAAUGUUGCCGACAACCAACAAGAGGGCUUGAACGGAGGACCAGAAACACCAGUCGCAAGAGCCAAUCCUCAGGACAGUGACGAAGAGAUGGGGAGUUCCGAGUCUGGUGCCGCCGGUGAUCCUGGUGUAGGUAUACUAGAGGAGCAGACCCUCCUAACAUCUACAACGGGUGACGCUCAAAUGACCGAUGUAUGGCGACCAAAUGAAGAGGAAAGGAAAAGAAUAGGAGAUGCAGCUCAAGAACUGCUCAAUGACCUCAUGGACCAAGAUGGAGACUCCUCAGAAGACACAAAACCAGAAAGACAGCUGUCAACGAGCCCAAUGAGAGAGAUAGUAAACGAAGAUACUGCUAUGCAGGAUAUGCAGUCGUUUGCACCGCCGCCCGACGUUGACAUCUCGUUUCAACAACCAGAGACCCCGAGUACCAAGAUAGGGAUGACUGACUCGGAGCAAGAAGAGCUUGCAGAGCAGCUCAUAGACGAGUUCAAGGACGACAAGCAGACAGACAAAGACAAGUUCUACGCUCAAACUCCCACGGACAACAAUCCUCCUGAUCCAGUAAAAGAAGCCACAGCUGAACAGCUCGCUACCCGAAAGAUUGCGAAACCGAAGUCGCGAGCACACAAGAACACUCCCGCGGUCCAAUUAACCCUUGAGUCAGUGUCGCAAAGGGAACCUCAUACACAGCCAGAAACAUUACAACAAACGCGCUCCCCGGUCAAUGAAGACAGCGGAAAUGAUACAGCGAAGGCGGACUUGGCGGCUCGCAGUCUAUUAGCCCUCGCAGGUGCUGGGGGUAUUGCUGCUGGGAAUGGUGCUUCAAACCAGGCAGUUUCUCCUUCAGACAAAGAGUCUAGUCAUAAGAAUACUGAAGCCCAACAGACUGAUGCGGAUAUAACAAACAGUCAGAAAGCUAACACUCAUGAGACUAACGCGCAGGAGUCAUCCAUCAGUGAUCAUGAGGUCGAAAGACCAACGGCAACGACCCUACCAGAGGAACAGCCUAAACCAAACUCACAACAACCUCAAUGUGUCCCUUCAUCUAUCUUGCCUGCUGAAAGCCAGCCCUCACCUGUUCAGUCAGCGCCCACUCAAAUACCGCCAGACCAACAAUCACCAGCAGCCGCAAGCACAGCCGCAGCUCAGCAAUAUACUACUACCGCCAAAACACCACCCACCGUAGCGGGCUCCAGCAAUACGCAACAACAGUCGAAUAUUGCUCCCAUGAUUGUAGGUGGACUGGCACUUCCAGGGGGCAACCCAACGCUUUAUAACCCAACAGCAACAGCCAGCCCAGCACCUAAGAAAUCUGGCCCUAGCCCCAAGGAGAUUGCAGAGUUCAACAGGAAAGAACAGGCACGACUGAAGCAGCGAAGAAAGAAUAAGCCACCACCCAGUGCCCUGCGGCCGCCGAGACGGCCUGGUCCAGCUCCAUCGACACCUCACAGACCGCAGAAGAGUCCAAACUCUGCCACCCAAGGGCGGUCGCCAUCACUAACGGCUACCGAUGAGUUCGAUGAGAAUAAGAAGCUUGAGAUGGAGGUGACGUUUGGUACCCGAGGUUCUCAUAAAAAGAAACAAGGCCUACAACUUAUCGACAUCAAGGACGUCCCGGAUCAUCUCAGAGCUCAGAUACAGGAACAUGAUGCGGAAGAUGCCUAG